AGAUCGGCCGGAGCCGGGAGAGCGGUGCCGCCCAACAACCUUGGCCGCCGGCCGGGUGGCCAGCUCCGCCUCUUCUCGUGUCUUUUCCCACAGCCCAAAAUGGCGGCGGAGGUGGAUUUUGGCGAUCUAGAGCUGUUCGAGGCGUUUGACCACGCCGAGGAGUCGAUUCCGAAGCCCGUUCACACCCGCUUCAAGGAAGACGACGGCGACGAGGAGGAUGAGAAUGGAGUCGGCGACGCGGAGCUCCGGGAACGGCUUCGGCAGUGCGAGGAAACCGUCGAGCAGCUCCGCGCCGAGAAUCAGGAACUUAAAAGAAAAUUGAACAUUCUCACUCGACCAAGUGGAAUAUUGGUGAACAAUACUAAGUUAGAUGGACCUUUAUUACAGAUUCUAUUUAUGAACAAUGUUAUUUCAAAGCAAUAUCAUCAAGAAAUAGAGGAAUUUGUAUCAAAUUUAGUAAAAAGAUUUGAGGAACAGCAGAAAAAUGAUGUGGAAAAGACUUCCUUUAAUCUUUUGCCCCAGCCAUCCAGUGUUAUGCUACAAGAGGACCAUAAAGUAGAAGAAUCCAGUGACGUUCAAAACAACAAAGAAGCUUUUAGUGGCCAAACCCUCAGCAUAUGGAAGUUCCCGUGCGAGGAUCAAAUCGGAGGUACAGCUGCUGGCCUAUGCCACAGCCACAGCAGUGUGGGAUCCAAUCCGUGUCUGCAACCUAUACCACAGCUCACGGCAACGCUGGAUCCCCAACCCACUGAGCAAGGCCAGGGAUUGAACCCGAAUCCUCAUGGAUACUAGUCACGAUUCAUUUCCGCUGUGCCACAAUGGGAACUCCUUAAAAUUUUUUAAAGAAGAUGAUAUUAUCCUGUAUUCCAUUAAAGGAAGACUGGUUUUCACGUUCAUGUCAUAUUGUGUCCCACUGAUAUACCACAAUUUUAAAGAUAUGGGGCUGCUGGGAUGCUGAAGAGCCCGUAAAUGUUAUUGAAAAGAUGUGUACAGUAUGUACACAUCUCUGCAAAAGUGACAAAGGCUGUUACUUACAAAGGUGUUGUUUAGAUCACCCUGUAGAGUGCCAGGUGGCAGAACUAGGACCAGUGAUUGGGUAGAGUAGAAAGAAGCACAUUUCAGCUCAACUUUUAGAAAGCGGACAUUUCUAUCAGAGGUGGAAAAAAAUUAAGUGAUAUGUCUAAUAAUUUUUUUUUAAGUGAAUUCCAUGUUAUUGGAGAGAGUCAAAGAAAGACCACAAUGCUCUAAGGGCACUUUAAAGAAGGAUUCUUUAUUUGAACUAGAUAACUUCAUUUCUUUUCUAAACUCUAAGAACUGGGAUUUAAAGUGAUACUUGUCUAGGAACGGGGGAUUUUGCAUAUUUAUUCAGUUGGUUCUUGAAUAAAUAUUUACUAAAUGCUUCUUGGUGCCAGGGACCAUUCUAGAUUCUAGGGACAGGAAUGGGAGAAAAAAAAUAAAAGCUAGUAUAAUGAGCAGGGGCAGGAGUGAGAGGGUAACUGCAAGGCACUUGGUUUGGAGAGUGAGUACUUAAUGACAGCCUAUCUGAGCCAAGACUGAGGAAAUUGAGGAAGUGAGCUGGGCUGCAGUUUCAGUGAGGAUCACUCCAGGCAGCAGGAGAAGUAAGUGAGAAGCCCCAGGGCAGAAGCAGACAUCUGCACACUGCGGCCAGUACUGCUCAAGCUCAUUACAGAUGCUACUCAGGAAGGUACUAAAAUGCUAUUCUCAUUUUACAGGUGAGGGAACAGACCUGGACUAGUUAGUGGCACAGCCAGGGUUUGAAUCUAGGCAUAGCAUCUUAAUCCUUAUGUCGCCUCAUAGGCCAGAGUGAGGACUUUGGAUUUUACUCUGAGAAACUCCUGGAGGGUUUUAUGUAGAAAUGUGACAUGACAAGAUUUGAAUGUUUAAAAGACCUGACUUCUCUGUGGAAAACAAUCUGUAGCUGGUUACAUGUGGAAGCUGAGAACUAGUUAAGAAGUUUCAUCUCAUGUGAGAAAAAAUGGCAACUUAGACUACAGUGUGAAUGGCCAUGAUGAGAAGUGGUUAGAACCUGAAUAUACCUUAAAAGUAGAACUGAUCAAAUGUGUUGAUGAAUUGAAUAUAGAGUAUGAGAUCAAGCGAGAGAGCAGAAUGACAGGGUUUUGGUCUGAACAACUGCAAUAUCAUUACCUUUUCUAAAGGGAAAGCCUGGCCGGGGAAGCAGGUUUGGAUGGGAUAGGAAUCCAGUGCAGGUUUUUUUUGUUUUUUGGUCUUUUUAGGGCCGCACCCGUGGCACAUGGAGGUUCCCAGGCUAGGGGUCAAAUCAGAGCAUAGCUGCUGGCCUAUACCAGAGCCACAGCAACUUGGGAUCUGAGCUGCGUCUGUGACCUACACCACAGCUCAUGGCAAUACCAGAUCCUUAACCCAGUGAGCAAGGCCAGGGAUCAAACCUGUGUCCUCAUGGAUACUAAUCAGAUUUGUUUCUACUGAGCCAUGAUGGGAACUCCCCCCCCUUUUUUUUUUUAAUUUUUUUUUGGCUGUGCCCACAGCAUAUGGAAGUUCUUGGGCCAGCAACUGAACCUGCACCACAGCAGCAGCCUGAACCACAGCAGUGACAGUGCUGGAUCCUUAUCCCACUGAACCAUCAGGGAACUCCGUCCAGUGCAGUUCUACAUCUGUGAGUUUGAGAUGCCUCUUACAUGUCCAGGGAGAGCUGUCAAGUCAGCACUUGUACGUACAAGACUGAGGUUUAGGAACCGUCAGAACUGGGCUUUGAGGGUUGGCAGCAUAGAAAUCUUAUUUCGUACCAUUCACGCCCUGGGUGAAUCACCUAGGUUGUGAAGUAGAGAGAAGAUGGAGAGAUGACAAGGAUCUUGCAAAGAAGACCGAGGAGAGUAGGUCAGGAAGCAAACGGAGAGAAUGGUGUCCUGGAAGCCAAAGGACGAAGGAGUGUCUAGAAGGAAGGGGGAAUCAACCAUGCCAGUUGUAGCGGACAGGCUGAGAUAAAGGCUGGGAACUGUCCUUUGAAUUUGGCUGUCUGGGGGUGAUCAGGGAGCUCCAUUGUUAGAUAGCUUCAUGCAGUGUUAGGCACAGAAAGAAGUCUUACUGGAAAUGUUCAAAAAAGGAUGGCAGUGUCAUUUAAAAAACAAGUGGGGAGAACUAUUCUAGACAAAAAGAAGCUAAAAGGACUUAACAUCUAAAUGCAAUGUGUGAGCCUAAAUCAAAUCCUGGGUUGGGGGCGGGGAAAGCCUACAGGACAUUUUGGGGACAGUUGGGGAAAACUGAAAAUAGAUUGGGUAGAUGAUAUGAAGGUGUUAUUAAUUUACUUAGGUGUGGCAGUGGUAUUGUGAUUUGUAAGAAAAUGUUCUUACGGGCUCAUAUGAAGCAUUUAGGGGUGAAGUGUCAUGAAAAAGAAUCUAUAGUUGCUUAGUAUGGAAGCUGGAACCCGGGUAGAAAGUUCCUGUAUUCAUUUCAAGCAAGAGAAGAAAAUGGCUUAUAAUAAUAUGAUAAUGGUGGCGACUUAACAUUUUAAAAAUGGUUCAGUAAAGUGUGUGUGUGUGUGUGUGUGUGUGUGUGUGUGUAAGGAGAGAGGGAUGCACACAAAAAUCAAUUAACAAUUGUUGAAUCUAGGUGGAGGGUACAUGGGUAUCCCCUGUACCAAUUUUUCAACUUCUCUGUAGGAAAUCUUCCCAAAACAUUGGAAGAAAAGAAAAAGAGUGAUUGGGAGAAAGGGAAAUGGAAACAAUGAAUGUAAAAUAUAGACAACUUUCAGAGAAUCUUGCAGCAAAAGGAAGCAAAGAAAUGGGGAAUUGGAGGGAAAUACAAGAGUUCUUGACAAGUUUUUGUUUUUUAAGUCUGGCGAGAGUGCAGCCAAUAGUAAUGAUCCAGUUGAGAGGAAAAACUCAAUGACUUAGGUGACAUUCACUGAUGGGGAUUUAUUUACACACCAGAAUCUGGCUCCUUUAACUAAGGAGAUGAUUAUUUCUAGUAAUUUCAUCCAGAAAUAAAUUGUUAAAACAGUUAAUCAUAGUCUUACAUUAUUUAAUGUCUUUUUUUUUUUCUGCUUAAAUAGCAAUAUUUUUUGACUUGUUUUCUGCAGGUUGUAGGAAGUGUCCUGUAUUUUACUAAUUUUUGCCUUGAUAAAUUGGGGCAACCGCUACUAAAUGAAAACCCUCAGCUUACGGAAGGAUGGGAAAUACCCAAGUAUCCUACAUAGUGAAUGAAGAUCUUUAUGCACCUUGCUAUUAAGUUCACCUUAAAAACAAACAAACAAACCAAAUUUUGCAGACAAUGAUAACUAUUCCUUAAUAAAACUCACUAAAGGUACCAGCAAGUCUUCAGCCACAUUGUUUCUCUAGAAGGGCAAGAAAUACAAGUAAAGGCAAAAAGGUUUGUGUGGGGAGUUGUUUUUGCUUUCUUCUUUUUUUUUUUUAACAAAACCAUAAACUCUUUUAGCUUGAAAAAUUACUAUUCUUUAUUGCCGGCUUACUAUAAAUAAAUUAACAGAUUAAUCUAGAAUUUCAUAUAGACAUAUGUUAAAUGUUUAAAUUGAUCAUGCUGGAAAUCAUUGGUUCACGCCUGAUAUGCCUGGGUGGGUAGAAACGUAUAAUUGCUGCUGUCAAUCUGAUUGCUGUCUUAUAACCAUCUGCCCCUUUCCAAAUUACCUCAAGGAAAAUAAGAUAAUCUGUUUGCCUCGAUUCUUCUGUUACCAGCCACUGACAAAACUCAGAGGUAACAGAUCACUUGGGAACAUAAGGGUUCUUGGUUAAAAGACUAGUUAAAAGUACCAUUUGUUUAGGAGUUCCCUUGUGGUGCGGCGGGUUAAGGAUCCGGUGUUGUCAUUGCAGCAGCUCAGGUUGCUGCUGUGGCGCUGGUUCAAUCCCUGGCCUGGCAACUUCCCCAUGCCGCAGGUGCGGCAAAAAAAAAAAUUACUGUGUGUUUAAGGGUGAACGUCUACUCAUUAUCACAGAUAUUAGUGAUUUGUGACCUACUUACUUUCUUGUUUCUCUGAUACAAUUUGGUAUCAUAUAAAAUUUUGUUGAUUUGCUUUUAUAUUUCCAUUUACAAUAUGAAAAUCUUUGUUUUUUUGACUAAAUAGGCCAAAGCCUCACUGUUUCAAUUGUGGUUCUGAAGAGCAUCAAAUGAAAGAUUGCCCAAUGCCUCGGAAUGCUGCUCGAAUAAGUGAGAAGAGAAAAGAGUAUAUGGAUGCCUGUGGUGAGACAAACAAUCAGAAUUUUCAGCAGCGAUACCAUGCAGAAGAAGUAGAAGAAAGAUUUGGAAGGUUCAAGCCAGGAGUUAUUAGUGAGGAACUUCAAGAUGCACUGGGUGUGACAGACAAGAGUCUCCCACCUUUUAUAUAUCGAAUGCGCCAGCUAGGAUACCCACCAGGCUGGCUUAAAGAGGCCGAACUAGAGAACUCAGGGCUUGCACUCUACGAUGGCAAAGAUGGUGCUGAUGGAGAAACAGAAGCUGGAGAAGUACAACAAAAUAAAAGUGUCACUUAUGAUCUCUCGAAAUUGGUAAACUAUCCAGGUUUUAAUAUAUCUACUCCCAGAGGAAUUCCAGAUGAAUGGAGGAUGUUCGGUUCCAUACCAAUGCAGGCAUGUCAGCAGAAAGACGUGUUUGCCAGUUACCUAACUUCUAACUUUCAAGCGCCAAGUGUAAGGUCCAACAGCAAGAGGGCUUCAUCUCAGUCCAGCCCCAGCAGUCCAAAGAAGCAGAAGAAGGAGGGCAGCUUGGCAGCCUCACCCGCCGACAUGGAGCUCGACUCGGAUGCAGAGGUCCCAAGCAAUGAAGCGUUUCAGUUUCAGCCCCCGCUGCCCCCUGGCACUCCUCCCCCUCUACCCCAGGGCACCCCUCCACCCACCUUCACCCCUCCGCUCCCCAAGGGCACCCCACCACUGACUCCCAGUGACUCACCCCAGACCAGAGCGGCGUCUGUGACUAUGGAUGAGGACGCACUGACUUUGGAGGAACUUGAAGAACAGCAGAGGCGGAUAUGGGCGGCCCUGGAGCAGGCCGAGAGCGUCAACAGUGAUUCUGACAUUCCCGUUGACACACCUCUAACUGGGAAUUCGGUUGCCUCUUCACCUUGUCCGAAUGAGCUCGAGCUCCCUGCCCUGGAGGAAAAACCAUCUGAGAAGCAGAUGCCAGAUGAGGCUGAGGUACCAGACACGUGUACAAAGAAAUCAGAGGUUGAACAGUGCUCGAGUCCAGAUUCUGAGGCUGCCUUGCUCGACCAGAAGGAAAAGGAAGCUUCUGCUCAGGUCAGCUGCAAAGAUGCUCCCCUUGGUAAUGGCAGCGUCAAGUCAAACUGUGCCAUCAGCAAUGGAGGUGGCAGCCAGAAGCUCCUUCACGUGGACACCAGUCCUGCCACGGCCCCUAAAAUCCACAGUCCCAUCCCUGACAUGAGCAAGUUUGCAACCGGAAUAACGCCGUUCGAGUUUGAGAACAUGGCAGAAUCUACUGGAAUGUACCUCAGGAUAAGAAACUUGUUAAAGAACUCACCUCGAAACCAGCAAAAAAACAAAAAAACUUCUGAAUAACUGACAAAAUACCAAGAGCUAUUUAAUUAUCUAUAACUGUGCAUUCCGGUGAUUAGUUCUAGGUGGACAGGUGGAGUUGUUCUCCUCCUUGUCCCUCUCAUGUUGAAAAAUCUAUCCAAGGCUUAAUCGUGGUCUAAAGUCAGGCCUCUUUUAAAGAACGGAAAAACUGGGCUUGCUGGUUUACUAUAUUUUAUUCUCACUGAUAAAAACUCAAGAGGGAGAUGUAAGUAUGGUUUAGAGAUAGUUAAGGUUUCUACUAUUUUUGAAUCGUGAGUGUCUGUCAAGAGUGGUGAUUUUUAUCUGUCUUUUGUAUAUUGUUUUCCCUUUCUACAUUUUGCUAAUUAUCCUGUAUGUAAGUUUAAUAUAUCACUUUUUAAAAGAAAAAAACCCUAACCAUUUAAAAUUCAUAUUUCAACUCUGACAACCAAAUGAGAAAAAUCAGGGAUGAACAGCUUUAUCCCAUUUGGGGUAUUUUUGUAAGUAAUUUACAUGCAUCAAUUUUAAUAACACUUUUACUUUUUUGUAAUUUCAUUCUUCAUAUAAGCUUGCUAUACAGGUAUGUUCAUCUUUGUGUACAAAGUUUAAUAAAUUAGUUUUCAUAUACAUAAUCUAAGACUUUGAAUACAAAAAAAAAAAAGACUCACAAUUAAAUUAGUAUAUACAACCUUGUAAGUUUAGAAGUAAACUAUGUGAUUGCAAAAAUUAGUGGUAGCAAGGGAAAUAUAUGAAAUUUCAAGUUUGGGUAUUUUCAAUGAAUUUCAGCCUUUAAUAUAAAAACAGCAGAAUCUUUUAAAGUAGUUAUUUUGAAAAAAAAUAAAUGGAGGGCAGCUAGCCUUUGUGCAAAAAUAAUUUUCUAGAUUUGAAUCCUAUGAUCAUUAAAAACAGAAAGACAUAAAUUGUGUUUAAUUAUCAUAUACAUAUAUAAGAUAGAGCUGAAACUAUGUUUUUUGUCUUUAUGUGGAAUGCCAUUACAACUUUAUAGUCAAGUCCAUGAAAAUAAACAUUUAGAAGAUCAUGAAUUAUUAGUUUUAGGUAGUGUUAUUCUGCUCUCGGGCCAGCAGAGGGAGCAAAAUAUAACCAUUCCAGGUUUAGUUUUCAUUUGGGGAACUUGAAUAACCAAAUUUACUGUUCUAUAAACAAUAAAGGGAAGGAAAAUUAUAUGAAAAAGGGAGAUUUAUUUUCAAGGCUCUCACAGAACAUCUUAGAAAUGGAAUAAAAUGUUUACUACCCUUGGCUUUUUUUCUCUGAGUUAAAGUCCAUAAUAAAACUGAUCUCUUACAGUA